CAAUCAGUCUGAUUAGUUACCAUCACUUUACUUUGAGCCUUGAGCAUAUUAUUAAAAACCACAUAAUUUAGACUGAUGUAUUGUUGUUUACGGCUUAAACUUUGAAAAAUAAUUAUGUGCUAACAGCAUAUACAUUAAAUUGUGACUCCUUUGAAUAGUCUUUAUGUUUGUGUAUGUGUUUUUAUCGUGAAAGUAUAUGAUGGCAAAUAAUCGUAUCCCGUCCGGGCCCAACACACCUGGAAGCCAACAGACUCCUACUCAGCAGGGUAUUAAGAUAUUCAUUCAAAGAGAUUACUCGGAAGGGACUGCAGUUAAAUUCCAAACAAGAUUCCCGCCCGAGCUGGAAGACAGAAUAGAUCGACAGACAUUUGAGUUUACUAUGGAACGUCUCAAUGAGCAUUUUGAGAUGGCUGAAACUGCAGACUGUAGUACAUAUUGUGAAGGAUGCCUUGCCUGCCUGACUGCAUAUUUCAUUUACAUUUGCACGGAGACACACUAUGAAAAGCACCUAAGAAAAAUAUCAAAGUUCAUCGCUACACAGAACGAAAGGGUAUACAAUCCCAGAGGUAUUCACAUAACGGAUCCCAUCCUACGAGGAUUGAGGGUUAUCGAAAUAACGAUAAUAGAUGUACCAAACUGUCAGAGUCCGACGGGUAAUUCAACGUCCAGUCAGUUACGACACACUUGACCACCACACGAAAACAGGGAGUUCUUCAUGUAACAGUUAUCAUAUUGGUUUUAAUAUAACGGUGCUUUAUUACUAACAUUGAAAUUGACAAAAAUAUUAUGUGAAUAAAAAUUUUAACAUUAAAUAAAAUAUAGUUGUAUAUAGUUCACUGUAAUCUAAGCACCUGUAGAUAAUUAAAACCAAUAUAAACGUUAAAAUUUAGAUGUAACAAGGGACUCCCUCUGCCAAAACGCUCUUCCGUGAGUUAUAUGGGAUUAUAUAUAAGAAGGUAAUCCGUUGAUUGUUAGCAUCAGGGUUGCGUAUAUCAAAAUUAACAUCAUUAAUAAGUAUUAUAUAAUUAAAAAUUGCCUUUAAGAUUGGUGAUUAACAAACGCCAUGCCAAUAUCACAUAUUUUGGCUGUGUGAUACAAAAUUAAAAAUGGCAUAUAGCUUUACAGCCCUAAUAUUUUAUAAUGACCAGCAUUUUCAUAUAGAUGAUUAUAAAUUAUAAUUAUCUAGAAUAGCCAGAUUAGGAUUAAGUUCAGAAUUUUUUACAUUUACAUAUAUAAUUUUUAGAAAGAUUAUGAAACUAAUGAAGUUUUUACUUGUCAUUCUUUCAUACCUUUUCUGCAAAUUACUGUCAUAGUUAGUGAUUGAAAUCAUGAUAUAAGUAUGUAAUGCUCUAUAAUUUCUUGUAAACAUAAUCAGAAUGUAUGAAAACAAUACAAGUAUGCUUUAAUAGUUUCGUUCAAAUCUUAUUUAGUUAAAUUCAUAAUUUAAAUAAGAUACUUAUUUAACAUUUGUGCAGAUUUCUGUAUGGUGUACUAUAUGUAAACAUAGUCAGGCAUUAUAUACUGUUGCAGUAAUGAAUGCAAAAAAUUAAUAGACAAACUUUUGAACAGAACCACAAUAUGUCACAUUUGUAUUGACUUUUCAUUAAAAUAUGGGCGAAUUCAUAUGCAAUUAACAUAGGUAUUAAUUGAAGCCGUCUCAUAUGACACAAGUUACAUAUAUGAAAAUAAUUUAACCAAUUAUUGACAACAUCCACUGCUACAUUUUGAUAUGACCGACAAUUAAUUAUCUGUAAUAAGUUUCUCAUCAAAAAGGUGUAUUUGAAGUGUGUACAGAUUAUAUAAAAAUAUUAACACCCACAGAUAACAAAUUUCAAGUCUAUCAUAUUGUGCUUAGUGUUGUAAUUAACAUUUUUCUGCUCAGUACGAGAAUAUUACUUGAUUAUAUCGCAAUUGUUGAUUAUAAUGUUACUUACCUAAUUAUAUUUUUUAUUUCUUUUCAAACAACUCAUAUAUCAUUUAUUACUUAUUAAAAGUAUUAUAUAUUUUUUUUACUUGCAUUUUUAUUUUUAGUAACAUUAAUGCCACAGCAUAUUUUAAGGCGAAGUUGGAUAAAAGUAAAAUAUAUUCUCUGAGACUAUCAUUAUGACAAUGUACAGUAUGAAAUACUUACACACACUAUGGAAUUCUUGAAAUACUUAUAUUAGGGCAUAUACAUACAUAUGGAAGAAAACAUUCUAUAAUAAUUAAUUAAUUUUAAAACGAAUAAAUUUUUUUUUUAACUUUUUUUUUUAUUAUAGGCUACUUGUAUGUUAAUAUCGAGUCUUUGACAGACAGUAAGUAUAUGUAUGUUUGUAUAUUUUUGUCUUAUUAUUAAUUUUAUCAUUAUUCUUUCUACGCGUAGAUCUUAGUCGGCAUUUAUUAACUAGUUUAAAUUAUGUAAUGAUUUAAUUAAAAAUACGUAUUUUAAUUAUUAUAAACCGUAAUUAUUUCGACAUAGAAUUAUUUAAAACUGUUUAAAUAUAAAUCGAUGCUUAAGUUUUAUAUAUUGUAUUGGAAUAAAAUGAAAUAAAUGUUCUUUUAUUGCUAGCGUAUACGAUGUGAUUUAUAGUUGAUAAUGUAAAAGGAAUAAUUCAAAUUGUUUUCCAAAGCUGUAAAGGUUGUAAUUGUGACAUUUCCCGCUUCUGUCACAUAAUCCUAUGUCAUAUUCUUAUUGACGUCUGGCAUAAGGCAUAGAGAAUAGUCGAAGUGGAUUUCAAAAUAUAAAUUUAAAAAUGCUUUUUGCUAAAUAUAAAUUGCUCAUCAGCCGCUCAUAAUAAUGUCAUUGAAAUGACGCCUAAAAUUUCUUGGAUUUUUAACAAUAUUUUGAAUGACCGUGCUCGUUCAUUGUUCUUGUUGAAUUGUAUAUUGCAGCGUGAUUGCACACGAUUGAAUGUUAAGGUUGUAUCACUGUAAAUCCUAUACUAAGUUGUAGAUAUAUUGUAAAAUUUAUUAUGACUUGUAUAAAUUAAAAAAAAUGUAUUUA